AUGAUAAGAAAUCAGGGAUGGUCAUUACUUUACAGAAUUUAUCCGGUGCGGAGGUUCACAAGAUACUCCAGAGUAGAUAUGACUUUUGAAGGAAACACUCAAGAUAUCUCUACUUCUGUCGAAGAAAGAAUGACCACUGUUUUUGGAGGACGCUUAAAGGGUGAACCACCAAGAUCCACAAGUAGAGUGCUUAGCGGCGGAACGAAGAAAAUAGCAGGUGUCCAAGUGCCUGCAAAACCACAAGAACCCGAUAACUGUUGCAUGUCAGGUUGCGUUAACUGUGUCUGGGAGAUAUAUAGCGAGGAUUUAAGAGACUGGAAACAUAGAAGGAAAGAGGCUGCGGAAAAGAUCGCAGGAACUAAGGAGAAGUGGCCUAAAGACUGGAAUCCACCUUUGGGAUUGUUACAUAUGGAAAAUGUCCCUGUUGAGUUACGUGAAAAGAAGCUGGAAACCGAUAGCAAAAAAGCAGAACAACCUCAUGAUUUAUCUGCUAUCAGAAGUUUGUUCCCUAAAAGAAAAGGGCCUCUGCCCAAGAGUGUAUUGGCAGCCAAGAGGAAAAAUAUUGCUUUGAGACACAAUUACGAACAGAAAGAUGGAGGAGACCAAUCAGUCAGUGAAUCAGAUGCUGAUGAAGGCUGGGAAGAUAUUCCUGUCUACGUUAAAGCCUUUGCAGAGUUUGAAUCAAAGAAAAGAUUACAAAAAAUUCGCCGACAGGAAGAAAUAAAAAAGAGGACAGCUUUGGUUUGA